AUGGAUCACCUAACUUCUUCCAUUUCUAGCUAUUCAAACGUUCGAGCAACUGAUAGAAAAAGCAAUUCUAAACCUUCAAAAUCGCAUGAAAAAUUAACCAAGUUGAUCAGUAGGCCAUUCAGUUUUUUCCGACGUGAAAUAAUCAAAAAGAACUCAGAGGCCCAUGAGCGAAGUGCUGAAGGAGGUAAGACAACAGCGGCGGAAGACACCUUACCUUUAAGUAGACUCGGUGAGAGCAUUGAUGACCAAACUCAGGGAGACUCCGAGCACGAUCUACUGCCCUCUCAGUCAAAUUCCAGACCAUUAACAAAUUAUUCGAUAAUUCACAAUUCCAUCAUCACUCAAAGUCAAGAAGGCUAUCAUUCAGCUUCUAGUUUAGAUAUAUUGAAAGAUCCUAAAAGAUUCAUUCAUGGGCUUACACAUCUUUCUAUACUCAACUUUGAGAUUGUUUCUUCAUCUUCUAGAUCUGGAGAAGUCGUGAACAGUCCUUGGGAUGAGAACUCAUUGGAAUCGGGGAAGCAAGUUCAAAAAUUAUUCAAGACAGACUCCGAUGGAGAAUCGCAGGUACUUUGUAACGACGAAGAGAUUGAACAAUCGAGUUCGUCUAGAAGGAUUUCAACUUCAAGUCCUAAACAUCAGUCGCAGAGCUUUGAACCAAGUUCACUUGAACCUAUUUCGCAAGAUAACCUGAUUAAAACAGACGAUAAAAGUAAGUCAAAAGAAUACAAAUUCAAACGUUCUAAUGAUUCAGAGCCUUAUCGCGAACCUGUUUAUGAAGAUAAAAGUACAUGGAUUGCCUCUAAUAUGUUACAAGCAUUAUGGAACUUAUUAGAAGGUGAUGAACCCCACAAAUACAAAACGCAAUUAUUUGCACAUAAUCCUGUUAGAAAAAUCGGGGUUGAAUCCAAUCAAAUGAGUCAAAUUGGCCAGCAGGCCAACUUGACCAAUUCCCUCCUCGAAAAGGAGACAUCCUCUGGACUUACGGUCAGGGAUUAG